AUGGCUGGGAGCUCUAAUACUUGGGCCUAUGCCCGGAUCAUCACCGGAACCAUUCUCGGUGGCGUUCUCGGCUUCUACGUCAUGGACCGCGUCGAGAAAAGCUACAAGGAGAAAGUGAAGGAGAGACUGAGACAGUACGAAAGUGAAUUGAAGAAGAAAGAGAAAUUGAAUGAGUUGGAAGAGUCAAUGUAG